UUGGCAACCAAGAGCUAGAUGGCCAAGGGCGGGAAGAAGAAGGGCGGGAAGCGCAAGCGCCACGCAUGGGACGACGAGGACAAGCAGCCGGCGACGGCCGCCGAGCCCGUGCCCAAGAAGAAGUUCGACUCGAUGUUCGCGCAGUGGAAGAAGACCAACGUCAACCGGCGCAACACGCAGCGCGACAAGGCGCUCACGUACGAGCAGGUCAAGGCGCAGCAGUACAACGAGCUGCGCAAGGCCACCAAGGGCCGCCGUGCCGACGACGAAGACGAAGAUGACGAGCACGAUGGCAGCGACCAUGGCAGCGGCUCGGGCAGCGACGACAGCGCGUCCGAGGUCGACGAGGCCGUCGCGCCCACGCGCAAGAAGGCGUCGACGUUCCAGUCGUUCGUGUCGCUCUUCCACGCUGCGCCGGCGGCCAUCUCGGACGACGAAGCGCAGGAAGAAGAAGAAGAAGAGGACGAGAUGCUGGACGACGAGGAUGAGGAUGAAGACGAUGAAGAUGCAGACGACAAUGAAGAUGGCGAAGAGGACGACACCGCGCCCGUUGCCGACGAAGACGAAGAGGACGAGGAAGACGAUGCGUCUGCGCCGAGCCAGGUCAACGACGACGACGAAGACAAGGACCCGUUCCGCGCGCGGUACCUCCUCAAGGAGCCGACCGAGAAGGAGUUUGCGGCGAUGCAGACGGCCAAGCCGGCGCCGUUCACGAAGCUCACGACGAUGGACUCGCUCGAGACGCACGUGCGCAAGGGCUUCUACGAGGAGACGCCGGCGCACAGCCCGCAGCCUCUCUCGCACGUGCGCUCGCGCCUCUACGCGUCCUGGAAGCAGAAGAACCUCCUGACGCUCAACCCGCUACAGGAGCAGCUCAACGGCGCGCUGAGCAGCUACAAGGACCUCCUGUACUGCAACCAGACGGCCGAGACCCUGCCCGAGAUCCGCAAGGUGGUCAUGAUGCAUGUGGUCAACCACGUCAUCAAGUCGCGCGACACGAUCGCCCGCAACACGGAGCGUCUCGGGAAGAACGCGACGGCCGAGUACCGCGACCAAGGCUACUGCCGCCCCACGAUUCUCAUCUUGGCUCCGCUGCGGUCGGCCGCGUACCGCCUCGUGCACCAGCUUCUGGCGCUCCUGCCCGACACGGUCACGACCGUGCUCAACAAGGACCGCUUCGAAGAGGACUUUGGUGUCGAAGAGCCAAGCGCGCCGGAAGGUACCGAGUGGCAAAAGAUCUUUCAAGACGGCAACAACGACGACGCGUUCCAGCUCGGCGUCGCCUUCUCGCGCAAGUCGGUGCGCCUCUACGCCGAGUACCACCACGCCGACAUCAUCAUUGCGUCGCCGCUGAGUCUCCGCAAGACGAUCGGUGACGCAAUCGUCGACGUCGCCCCCGGCGACAAGACGUCGGUCAAGUUGCCGGUCGACUACCUCUCGUCGAUCGAAGUGUGCGUGCUCGACUCGGCCAGCGUCUUUUUGAUGCAAAACAUGGAGCACGUCCGCGCGGUCCUCAACGCGGUCAACGUGGCGCCCAAGGAAGCCCCGGAAGCCGACUUUUCGCGGAUUCGCGAGUGGAACCUCAACCACCAAGCGCACUUCUUCCGCCAAACGAUCGUGUACGCGCAUGCGCCGGACGCGCAGCUCAACAACGUGCUCUCGCGGUCCUGCCACAACUUUGCCGGCGCCGUCCGCCUCUUGCCCGUCUAUGACGUCGACAGCGCGUCGACGCCCGCCAUGUGCAACAUUGUGCCGUCGAUCAAGCAGAUCUUCCAGCGCAUCGACACGCCGUCGCAGGUCGGAAGCUGCCCGCUCAACAAGGAAGCCGACCUCCGGUUCGCCUACUUUUCCAAGCACAUUGUGCAGCCGCUGCUCGACCACCCGACCAAGCACACGAUGAUCUUCGUGCCGUCGUACUUUGACUUUGUCCGCGUCCGCAACCUCUUUGCCGAGCACAAGAAGCUCAUCAACGUGGUCGCCAUCUCCGAGUACUCGACUGACGCGCAGAUCUCCCGCGCCCGUACGCAUUUCUUCCACGGGCGCAUCAACGUGUUUCUGAUCUCGGAGCGCUUUCACUUUUACAAGCAGUACCGGAUCCGCGGUGUGCACCAAGUGUUUUGGUACGCGCCGCCGUCGCUCGGCCCGUUCUACGCCGAAGUGCUCAACGCGAUGGGCGCGGCGGACGAGGCCGACGCCGAGAGUCUCAAGAGCGUCGUUCUCUUCAGCCCCUGGGACACGCUCCGCGUGCAGCAGAUCGCAGGGUCCAAGCGCGCGGCCCGCAUGACGCGGUCGGGCGGCGACACCAAGUCUAUCUACAUGUUUUGCUAGACAUAUAAUAUACACGCUUGCUCGACGUCCUA